AUGCUACAAAAUUUACAUAAUAUACCGAUAACAACAAUUAAUAACAAUCGUCCAUCAAUUAAUAAGAUAAAGAAAAAUUAUGGUCGAUUAAUUAAACGAUUAAAAUUCAAAUUCAAAUCUACUAAUACAAUAUUACGAAAAACUGACAAAUCUAAAGUAUUCCAUUUAGGCAAAGUUGAUGAUUAUACAAAGAAAUCCGACGAAUAUAUGGAAAAAACAAAAGCAUAUAAAUGCUUAGGAACAAUUGAUCCAUUACCAGAUUUAAUCCGUCGUACCAAUAAAUAUUUAUUAGAUUUACGAUUAGCCAAAUGGAUUAGUCAAAAACAAUACGAACAAUUAUGUAUUCAAAAUUCCAAUGAUGUUGAGCUUGCACAUUUAUAUUACUUGCUUAAAGCUCAUAAACCUGGUACUCCUCUACGUCCAAUUGUUGCUGGCUUAAAACAUCCAACAAUUAAAAUUUCGAAACUUCUUGAUGAAUUACUUCGACCCUUGUUUGAUCAAAUGGCUUCAAAGACAAUGAUUACUUCUGGCUUUGAACUAUUAAAACAUUUGCAAGAAUGGUCCAAGAGUAAUCUACGUCAGAAUACAUUAUUUUGUACUAUUGAUGUUACUGAUUUGUAUACAAUGGUACCUCAAGUUGAAGGAGUAUUAUCAUUGAAGUCCAUGAUGGACCAUAUGAAAUUAAAACAAAUUAGAGGUCUCAGAACUGAAACAAUUAUUCGUUUAAGUCGAUUUGUUAUGCAAAAUAAUUAUUUUUCAUACAAUGGUCAAUAUUAUCAUCAAAUUCGAGGUGGAGCAAUGGGUUCUCCUCUCACCCUCACUAUGGCUAAUUGUUAUAUGUUCUUUUAUGAACAACAGAUUAUCAAACAAAUUAAUAAUAGUGGUGGAUUAUAUUUCCGAUAUAUUGAUGAUAUAUUUAUUGCAAUCAAUUGGCCAGCUCGACAUUUAUUUAAACAAAUUGAUAGAUGGAAUCAUUUUGAUGAAAAUAUUAAAUUAUCAGAGAAUAUUGGUUCAAGUGCAGAUUUUCUCGACUUACACAUAGAAAAUCAAGAUGGACAAUUAUUUACUACAGUCUAUCAAAAACCAUCCUAUGAACCAUAUUACUUGCCAUACAAUAGCGUUCAUCCAUUGCACAUGAAGAAAAAUAUUAUAUUUACCAUGUUACUUCGUGCGAUUAGAUAUUGUUCUACAUUUCAAACUUACUAA